AUGCUCUCCCUCAACACCAAGGGCUUGCUUAACGGCAGGGUAAGAGGCCGAAGCCUCACAAUUAUGGUGUGCUUCGCAGCUUCCAGUGGAUUCUUCCUCUUAGGCUAUGACCAGGGAGUUAUGAGUGGAACAAUCACUGAACCGAUAUUUCUCCAUAUCUUUCCCGGCAUGGAGCCCAAGAACAAGUCAGGCGCAAUACAAGCUCUUGUCGUGGCUAUCUACGAGAUCGGCUGCCUCAUCGGCGCCGGUGGUAUCAUAGCCUUUGGUGACAAAAUCAGGCGUCGUGCUUGGCUCGGUACUGAAUACUUCAUCGCAGCGUGCGUUACCCUACUUGUUGUCGAUCGCUUUGGACGCCGCAAUCUGAUGAUGGAAAACCUAAGAAUUUCGCUACAGUCAGUGAGUUUUCAUACCGGAACAUGA